AUGUCUGUGACAUCGUUUUUCUCGUCUUUCUUCAACACCGUGCACGGUGACGCACCGGAGGAGAAGCAGCCAGAAAACGAAACCAAGGAGGAGGAAGUCGCUGAAGCGGGGGAACCAUCGAAAGAGUCUGAGGAAGAGGAAGUAGAAGCCGAGGACAUUCACCCUGUCAUUAUAGAGGAGUGCAAAAACUCAGCAGCAUGUGCUUCUUUAACGAGACAUUUCGAACACUGCCAGGAGAAGGUGCAAUCUGGACAAGGCUUUAAAGGCGAGGACUGUGUGGAAGAACUCCUGAUGCACUGCGCCGAUGGUUGUGCUGCACCAAAAUUGUUCUCCAAGCUCAAGUAG